AGAAAUACCCAUCCCCUUUCUCUCACUCUCUGAAACCUAAUCCUAAGCCCAGCCAGCCACCGUCACCCUCCCUCAUCGCCGAACUCUUCUCCUCCAGUAUAGGGUGCUGGCGGGACAAAGCGUGGGUGCCGUCUCACUCUUCUCAUCGCAGAACUCUUCGUAGUUCUCAUCGCUCCUCUUCUCGUCGCCGUCGCACGAGGACGCGUUAUCCGGUGGCGUGGCCGUCGCGAAGGUUGAUUGGUCAGUCAUCGUCUUUUCGAGCGCUCUCUCUCUCUGUGUCUGAGGCCAGCAUCCCUCCUCGAGCAUUCUGUUGCUCUCUGUCCGAGCUCACUUCCCCUUCUCCGUUGCCGUCACUUCCCAUUCCUCCAUCGCUGUCACUUGCCUUCCUCCUUCACCGCCAGAAAAACCAAAAUGGGCUCUGUGGCUACACCACUUCUGACUAUUCAAUUUCCUGCUACUAUUACGGAAACCAUCAGGAACUCCAAAUUGGGUGCAAGUUUCAAUAAAAUCUGUAGAAGUACAGGAAAAGGAAUACUCAGUUUCUCUUUUGCUGGUGGCAACCACAUAGUUGGGGUUAACUUUGCAAUCAAAGCAGGCAAAGGAGUAUCAAAUUUGAAAACUGGGCAACAAGAAGGAACUUGGGAGGAACCAGAUAUUGACAGUGACAGUGAAUCUGAUGGUGAAGAUGAGGAAACUGAGGAUGAGAACCUUGGAUUUGAAAGCGAUUGGGAGGAGGAAGAAACAAAGACUUCAGCUACUACUGUUGCAAAUAUAAAAUCAACUGACACAAACGAGGAACAUGUUAAGAGAGAGAUUGAACAGCUUUUGGACCCAGAAGAAAGAGCAAUAUUGCAACAGAAUGUGACUCCUAACUUGGAAAAAAUAUCAACUGAAAAAUGGAUCCCUUUGCACACCCUUGCUCUGUCAAUGCAGAUGAGUUGCAUGGAUAAGCUUCUUGAAGAUGGUUUUGAUAUUGAUUUCAUUAAUAAGGCAAGUCUCACUGCACUUCAUAAGGCAAUUAUAGGCAAAAAAGAAGCUGUGAUAAGCCAUCUUUUAAGGAAAGGUGCAAGUCCUCAUGUGAAGGACAAGGUUGGAGCUACUCCACUUCAUUAUGCAGUUCAAGUUGGUGCCAAGCAAACUGUGAAAUUAUUAAUCAAGUAUAACGUCGAUGUCAAUGUUGCAGAUAAUGAAGGUUGGACUCCAUUGCACGUUGCCAUUCAAAGUAGAAACAGAGAUAUAGCAAAAAUUUUGUUAGUCAAUGGUGCAGAUAAAACAAGGAAAACUAAGAAUGGAAAGACAGCACUGGAUCUAUGCUUAUGUUAUGGAAAAGAUUUCAAAUCUUAUGAGCUUGCUCAAGUAGUGAAGGUAGUUCCAGCUGACAGUGCUCUAUGAUGCGCGAGGCGCAGUCAAUCAGAAUGUGAUCGCGAUUGAAGUUUGAGUUGCGACAUAUCUUCUCUUAAUAACACUUAAAAAUCAUAGCAUUCAACCAUCUUUGGAGGUCCUAGAUCUCUCGACCUUGUUCAUGAGAGUCUCGAUGAAACCUUACUAAAUUGAUGAUUUUUGGAAUAUAUUUGGAGCAUAGCUCUAGUUGACAAAAUGGUGCUGUUGCGAUGCUGUCGAAAGCGAAAACCACCCACAUUAUGCAGAGAUUGAAGUGCAGAUCCAGAGUUCCGAGAGAAAAUUACCGAAUUAUCUAUAAGAUGAGCUGUUCAAGUUCAAGCCACAUUGAUCUUUCUACUGGAUAAUUGUUUCAACUAAUACUGGGCGGGGGUGAAUUUUUUACUAUUAAUUCUAGCAACUAAAGGUUAAGUUUCUGUUCAUGUAAGUAUUGCCUUAUUGGUAGAUUGGUUAUAAACUUCAAAUGGGAAAUUCAUAUUUGAUUAAUGAUUUAA